AUGUUCAAGUCACUAUCCCUCUUUGCGCUUCUCCUCGCCAGUGCUUCCUCGGUCAUCAGUAAACCUACUGAGGUUGAGAAGCAUACAUAUCUUGAUAUUAAGACCGUCUGCAAGCAAACCCCGAAGCUGGGCCUCUUUGGUCAACUCCUCGAAGAGCGGCCGGAUAUCUACAAGGCAUACGUCGAUCUAAGGGACAAGACUUUCUACUUGCCCUCUGACGAUGCCCUUAACGCAUACUACGAAGCUACAGGCAAUAUUUUCCGUCGAGCCGUAGACGAUGUUGCCAAAGCAUCAUAUCAGUACGUGAACGGCCAGGUUGACCUCAACGAUGCGCGGGAGAAGAAGCGGCUUGCCAAAAAGUCGGGCGACAACAAAAACACGGUGGUGAUAAGUAAUAAUGCAUCAAGAAGGAGGAAUAAGAGACAGUUGACGGUUGGAAAUGAUACCGUCACAACGGCAGGAAUCACGGCUUCGACAGGGUUGGGGACGAAGUCGGAGAUUCUGUUUGGAGAUAUUCACUGUACUCAGGGCCUUAUCCAGGUUGUUGAUACACUUUUCACAGUUCCUGUGCCAAUAAUUGAGACGCUCGAUUGCACCAACGGUUCCGAAUUUUUAGGUGCACUCAACGAUGCCGAUCUCGCAGACACAUACAAUGACAUGGGGAACGUCACCUUCUUUACGCCUCAAGAUGGCUCAUUCGAAGCCAACUCGACCAUGGACUGCGCAUCUAUUCAACGACACGUAGUUGAAAACGAAGCCCUCUACACUCCUGACCUCAAGGAUGGCGAUGUCAUUGAGUCUGCAUCAGGCGAGAACCUUUAUGUAAAUAUUUUGGAUGAUGAAUUCUACAUCAACUGUGUCCGCGUUAUCACGACAGACAACAUCGUCAGUAACGGUGUGAUUCAUGUUGUCGAGAAGGUCAUUGAACCUAUGUCUGCUCCCCCAUCUUGCUGGGCAAAAAACACGACUGUAGAACCAGUGAAAUUCACCGGUUCCGCACCAACGAAUCAAGCCGGUAGCAUACUGGCUAUUGUUGGUUCUCUAACUGCCUUAUUUUUUUGCUCUCUAGUCUAG